AUAAAUGUAAUAUUUAAAAUGAUGUACAAUAUAUAUAACACAAUGAAGUUAUCUUGUCACAUUCUUUUUGGAAAUGUCUAUUUAGAGGCCCUAAUGAACCGUUGAUCAGGUUUAAGUUUUUAUAAAAAAACGAUACAAUCUCUAAAUUAGUAAUUAACUAAUUUAUAUUUUCAUAGUGAUUACAUAACAUUUAGCAUAAUUUCAAAUUAAUAACUUGAUUAAUUAUUAAAUAGUAUUAGUUUAAUUUUGACAAAUGAAUGCAGAUUACGUUUGGAAAUUAUCCAAAUUUGGUCGUCUUACAUCAACUCGUUUAAGAUCUGAUGAUGAUUUUGCUGAUCGAUUAAAUUAUCAAUUUACUGGACUAUUAUUAUUUGUAUUCAUUGGAAUUAUAGGUAUACGACAGUAUGUUGGUAAACCGAUACAAUGCUGGACACCACAAGAGUUUACUAGAGCAUGGGAGGAGUAUGCAGAAAAUUAUUGUUGGGUAGCCAGUACAUAUUUUAUACAUUUAACCAGAUAUCCAACAUCAAAUAUAAUGAUAUCACAGUCUAAUUUUAUGCCAAACGGUUAUAUAGAUACAAAUGGACAGCGUGUAUUACAGCCUUAUUCAAUAUUUCCAAAAUUUUCAAAACCAAAAGCUGGUGAAUUACCAAGUGAUGGUCGAUUAAUUAGUUAUUAUCAAUGGGCUCCUAUUCUAUUAGCUGUUCAGUCAUUUUUAUUUUAUUUACCAUGCCUUAUUUGGAGACUUUUUGCUGGUCAAUCCGGAUUUCAAGUAAAGAGGAUAAUGCAGUUUGCUUCAGAGGCAGCCCAGGCAGCUCCAACUGAAGGUGAUACUUCAUGUCAGCCACAAACUCAGUCAAGCCAAGUUGAUCAGGCCAACCUAAGCAAAAAACGAACCUCUGUCACUGCUUUAAACACUAUGGGUUUUUCAAAUUCUGCUCCAAAUUCUAGCUUUUCUGCAACUAAAUCAGUAAAAACCUUGGCUCGUUAUUUAGAUAUGUGUUUCAUGAGACAACGGGAACUACGUCGAGCUGUUAUCCUUGGUUCAGAUCAAAAGCUCAAGAAAAAUAGCUAUAGCUUUCGAACGCAGUCUUCUAAACGUCAGAGUGGAUUUUACCUUCCAGAAACAGAAAGUGAUGUAUUUAGGCAUGGUCAGAGAAGUGCAAAUCGCAUUCACAGCAGUACUUCAAGUAGAACUAGAUCAGGGUUAGCUUCAGAACUGACGGAAUAUGAACAAAAUUCAAAACUUCAAAGACCGUCAAGGCAUCAAAGAAAAAGUUGCUCUUCAUUUUCAUUUUGUUUUCGCAAACCCUGUAGAAAGCGUAAGUCAACAUCCAGUUACCAGCAGUACAGCAAUAAAUCGUCCAAGUUGAUGCCUCAAACAGGUUUACCAGAUAAUUUGGAAACAGUUGCGAUGCCAAACAGUUACUAUUCUGGUCAUAAAACUUAUGGUGAUUGUUCACAGACUAUUAAUGAGUUGUCAAUCGAAGAACCUUCACAAAAUUCAAGUACCUGCUGUCCAUGUUGGGAAACACGUACACCGAAACAUCCACAAAGAACAUGUACAACUCACAUACCACCGUGUAGAUAUCAAGGGAAUUUUCUUGUUCGCUUGUAUAUGCUAGUGAAGCUAAUUUAUUUAUCCAAUGUAAUUGGACAAAUUUUUCUGCUCGAGUAUUAUACUGGUGUGGAAUAUAAUUUUUAUGGAAUUAGAGUAUUGUACGAUCUUGCCAGAGGAAGACAAUGGGAAGAAUCUGGUCAUUUUCCUAGAGUGACAUUCUGUGAUUUUGAAGCAAAGAAGCUUGCACAAAGUCAUUACUACACUUUGCAAUGUGUACUCCCAAUCAAUAUGUUCUUGGAGAAGAUAUACAUAUUUUUAUGGCUGUGGUUUUUCUUAGUCGGCAUUGUCACAUUCAGUAGUAUUAUUAUAUGGAUUAGAAGAAUAGGUACAAGAACUGUGAGACUUACUUGGAUUCAACAGCAGUUAAUAACUAUACGUCAAUAUGACAAAUUUGAAAAAGGUUUUGAACAGUUUGUUGAUAAUCAUAUGGGUCCAGAUGGGGUAUUUUUACUUCGGUUGAUUGCACAAAAUUACGGAGAUUUAGUAGCGGGUGAUACAAUUGGUGAAUUAUGGAUGGCUUAUUGGCAAAGACGAUUAACCAGUUCGUCAGAGCGUAGACUUACGGGGAGUAUCUCAAGAAAACCACCAUCACCAGCUCCUACAUUUAAUAGGUUUGAUCAGCCUCUACCGUCAGAUAUAUACACUAAAAACCCGUCGUUGCGAAACCAACAUAAUGAAACAUAUCAAAUGCAAAUGGCUUUAACAAAGGGACAGAUAGAAAAUAAAACCUCUAAGCAAGGUAAGAAAGAUAAAUCGCGACGUAUGGCCACUUCAUCAGGUUUUCCAGCAGCCUUACUUGCCACAGAGAUGGUACAUCCAGUAGACCGUUUUGGUGUACCUUUAAUAGCAGCUACUCGCAAGCCACCAUCUUUACCUUCUAGGUCAUCAUCAAGGUAUAGUCAAAGAAGUCGAUCAAGAGAACGAUCCGAAUCACCUCCACCAAUACCCCAAAGGUCUCCUGGUUGCGAAAAUUACAGUUUUAGUGAUAGACAAUCGAUAAAAGAUUUCGAACAUCAAAGUGAACACUCAUCUGUAAUUUAUCCAGUAUCUCCUACUGGACCCGAUGAAGGAGAAAUUGUUGAUCAUCAAGCUGAAGCUAUUGUAGAAAAUGAUCAUAUAGUUGAUAUUCAAGGAUCCUUCGAAUAUGAAGAUCCACAAGGAAAUAUUUACGCUGAAAAUAAUGACAAUCAAUACGCUGAAGAUGUUCAGAAUGAUGAUAAUAUUGUAUAAGUUGUAAAUUUUUGAAUAUUAUGGAACAAUAUACAUUUUUUCUACUUGACCUCCGUCACCUGAGUCUUUCACGUUAAAAUAAUCUUAUAAUAACUGUACAGUAAUUUGUUUUUCACAGAUGUGUAUCCUAUGAAUGUAAAAUUUAAACUGAUUCCAUUAUUUGUUUUAUAUAAUAUUAGCUUAAUACAUAGUGUUUGCUGAACAUUGU